AUGUGGCAUUUAUGUCGUUCAUCAUCUCGACCAUUAAUUGGUGUAUGUCAUCUAUUGAUUCGACAACGACAACUUAUUCCUAUAAAACAAGCAACUCCUCAACGAUUAAUUUCAUUUCCAUCUUUCUUUAAAAUAAAGAAAAAUAUACCUGAAACUCUUCCACAACCACCAGUCAAUCCACGGCAUCCACCAGAUUAUAUUCCACCUCGACCACCUAUCGAUCCAAAUGUAUCAAAACCUACGCAAUCACAAUCCAGUAUAUUUGCUCGAUUUCGUCAUGCAUAUUCAAAAUAUGGAAAAAUUUUAUUAGCUGUCCAUUUUGUUUCAUCAUGGGCUUGGUGUGCUGGUCUAAUUGCACUUCAUUUUAACGGUUUUGAUUUAGGAAUGUAUAUUAUAGAUGGUCUUACACACAUUAAUGUAAUUAGUUCAGAACGACGUUUAUCAUUUAUACGUCAUAUGAAUGAGUAUUCCGUUUCAGGAAUUAUAUCAAGAAUUCCUUUUAUCUCACAAGAACGUCUUAAUAGUUUGAAUGCUUAUUGGACGGGAGAACGUGUUCGUUUAUUAGCAACAGCUUUAUUACUCUAUAAGUUUUUAACACCUGUUCGAUAUGCUUUUACAUUAGGUGUAACAACAUAUAUAUCUCGUACAUUUCUUAAACGUGGGCUUCUCAAACGAGCACCACAAGGUGAUUCAUUGAAAGAACUUUAUCGUGAUCAAAAACAACUAAUUAGAACCGAAGUUCGCCGAACAAGAGAUCACCUCAAAACAAGUGUACGACGUGGAAAACAAAAAAUUGAAUGA